AUGUCUCAGCUGUCAGGAUUCAACAGUCUGCCCAGAGAGCUGCGGGACCAGAUCUAUGAGGACUAUUUCGCGGUCGAAGGCGGAUAUGUUCACAACCACAAAACAAAUAGGUUAAUUACGGCCAAGGGCCAGAACAUCGACCUCAACAUCAGGCUCGUUAGUCGCCAAAUAGCUGCCGAAACCCGCAGCCUUGCACUCGAAGUAAACACGAUCACCUUCUCGACAGUGUUCGAUGAGGAUCUCCGCGAACGAGCCGGGCACUUCAACACCCUCCUGGAGAUGAUUGCCAAACUCAAAGCUGUGUAUCUCUUACGGUGCUCAUCGCGCUCUGGUUUCGUCGACAAGGAAGUACGCGACUACGCAGAAGAACAUUUCCCCGAGUUCUUACCCGUCGUCGAAGCAUUGCAGACGUCUUACGUCGCAAACAGCAACAGCAACGUCUGGAAAGAGACACCAUCGCGAAGUCGUCAAUUCAUCACCUCCACACUGAAUACUGUAGCGAAACGGCCCUGCUUUAAAGACACUAUAGAGCGACAUCACUACUGGAUGAGGCCUGGUUCUGAGCCAGGUCCUGAUCCAGUGGCAGUGAUAUCGCACGAGCAUUCGCCAUGGACACUCCCAAGCAGCGAGACAAUUUCUGCUAUGCGCGAAACUAUGUCGCCCUACCCAGUCGAACUCAGUCGCCGUAGACAAGGAAGCUACUGGACCGGAGAGAAGUACCGGUUCUCAGCCGCGACUAUGGCUAUUGCGUUCUUGGGCUCUAUCUCUACGGAAACGCGACUUAGUAUACGUAAGAUACUACUACUUGAAGACCACACUAGUGUCGCAUGGCCCGAAUGCCACGGCCAAGGUUUGGUUACAUACUGUCAAGAGAAUCUCAAACUACGCAUAGAACGUAGGGUUGACUUGUGGAGAGCCUGCCUACCCUCCGCAUCCACCCCCCUUCAUGCCAUCACGGGUAGGGCGCUUGCAUACUUACGAGAAUACAAGUAUGAUCGGAUCGCUGCGAGCAUCGUCAGCCGAGGGGAGAUGGGCCACGGCGGUGUGGCUGAUUGGAUCAUGGAGGCCUUGGCAUUAGAGAGCUUAGGCAUGCCCCCGAAGUCCUUCACCCUGAUCAUAGACGGUGCGGCAGUGCCAGAAAACUCUACCCAGAUCUUUAAUGUUCUACAGCGAGACGCGGCGUGGCAGAAGGCUUAUCAGCGAUGCGUGAUCGAUGCGAUCGACUGCCAAAAUGCGCCCAUUUGGCUGGCCUCCAGGGAAAAUAACGCGUACAUUAUGAGAGGUUUUUCGGAAGCCCUGCAAGCCAUAACCGACGACAAGUCGUCGGUCAAGUGCAACUUCAGCCCUGGUCUUGUGCAGGAUGUCGACCAAGUUGUGGCUCAAGGGCGCUCAUGGAAUGAUGCGGAGUGGCUGGUCAAUUGGCGAGAGAUGGGGGAGCUCCAGGCUGACAUCCACACCAGUGCGCCAUUGCCGAGCUGGCUUGAUAUUCGUAGGGAAGAUCUACUGGACGAAGAGGGCGUUGAGCGCGUGUAA